AUGGGUUUAACGGACCGUCAAAUACCGAGCGAUAAGCUCCCACAAUGCUGGUCGGACGAUGUUCGAAUGAAUGCAUUGUUUGCGCCGUUUAGAAUAAAAUCAGCGAACCCAGAAUCUUGGAACAUGAAGAUGAAGUUCUGGUCGGAUCUGGUGCGACAGUGGUGCCGUUAUAAAACCGAUCCUAUUGUUUCAGCUGCUGAUGUAAAAAGUGCUUUCCAAAGGAAGGGCCGCACCGCGGCUUGCAUUGACAUUGUCAUCGAGGAGAUGUAUAGGGGUGGAGAUUUAUCACCUAUCUCAAAAUAUGUACAAAUUUUACACAAUGGUCCCGAGAGCUUGUUACAUUGGAGUGCGAGAAUGGCAUUCAGACCUGCCGUUUUUGCUGUAUCUACAGUCCUGUCACUUCUGCCUGCGAGACAGCAACUUGAUAAUGAUGGAUUACCCAAAGCGAGCAUUGAAUCUACACAGAGAUUUGUUCUGGAGAGUGCUGUAAAGGAGCAAGCAACACAAUUCAUAGAUAGCUACCCACCUGGGGAGACACGAAUUGGCACAAUUGAUGAACUGAUGAAAUACAGCCAAUGGCAAGGAAGUCGCGAAACAUUUGAAAUUAUCUUGGGCUACCUGGUCUCACAGGGUGUUGCUGUGAAGAAGGGGGACGUGGUCAAACUGGCUGAGCCCAACAAAAAGGCGACAGCAGUGACAGAAGCGGAUGAGGCGCUUGUUAAAUUGACUUCAGCCGAAGCCCGGCUAGAAGCUGACAUGGAGCGGCUUUCAAAAGAACUCGCUGCUGCCGAAACGGACGCAAAGGCUGCUUUGAAAUUGGGCAACAGGCUUGCUGCUAAAAACCAUCUGCGUCGGAAACAUAAAAUCGUUGUGCGGGCGCAACGUUGCGACGCGGCUCUAGAGAAUGUACGUCAUUUGCUACAUCAGUUAAGGGAGGUGGACUCCAAUGCUGCCAUUGUCGACACAUACAGAACCAGCUCUCAAGCAAUGAAACAUACGAUGAAGGAUGGUGGACUUGAAGAGGACUCAGUACUUGAUACAAUGGAGGAACUGAAAGAAGUCUUAGACAGCUAUAAUGAAGUGGAAAAAGCACUUGGUGCUACUAUUGAUGACGUUGACACAGCUGAGCUGGAGCAAGAGUUGAAAGAACUCCUGGAAACUCCAUCUGCUCCAGGAGGAGGCACUCCUGGGAAAGAAGAGAGGAGAGAAAGGCUGGGAGAGAGAAAGGCAAACCAGUCAGCUAGGGGGAAGGCGUUAGAAAGAGACUUCAUCUUUGAUGGAGAAGAACGGAUGUUGGCUGAACUGAAUGAACUCAGUUUAGAAGAUACUACAUCAAAAAAGGCUAGCCGCUCCUCGAGACCCGAGCCUGUUGCCGAACUUUGUGCUGAGGGAAACGAGAAACCUACUAAAACCUCGAAGUCCGAGAAACCUUCGAAACCCUGGUACCCACCGUCUGGGAAUUGCCUGCGGCCUGAAGAAGCCUGGAAGGAAAUGGACGUGGACGUCAACUUAAAAAAGCUCAGCGAGGGAUUCGGAGAGUUAAGGAUGGAUGAAAGGUUACAUCCAGGUCAACCGCUUCAAGUGGACUUCAAAACGCCGCCGCGCCACUACAGCGCGGAGUUCCAAGUGCGCGACCACAAGAUGGCGGCGCCUGGUGUCUGGCUCUAUAACAACAGGGACGGACAGAACUCCGCACUCGCUGCUAGUACAGAAUACAACAGUUCGGAGAGUCCUGGCAAAUCUGGUGGCGGUUUCCAAAUGGCACCAGGCGUUGAGCGCCACAAGCCAGAACCCUGGCCUACCAAUGAGGAGAAUCCGAACGAGGACCCGAGCAUCGAGGACUUGGAGAGGAGACUGAACAAAUUGCGAGGGUUCAAGUUGUAA